UAUCCUGCGCCGUCUGACCUCCGAGUUCAAAACAAAGUCUCAGCAGCAUGGGAAAUGCUCGAAGUUGUGUUGUUGCCUCGCUCUCCGUAUGUUCCGUAUGUUUAGGCUACAUGUACAUUUAUCGCUCUCACAAAUUGCUGCGUCAAAAUGCGCUGAAUAGCGACAAACUUCCGAGUUUUGUGUAUCUUUACAUCAAAUAUCUGAGCAGAGCUGUGACGCGGAGAGCAGGCCACCUGUACGCAGCGCGCGCCACAGGAGCGCGUGCUGUUUACACGGUGCUCAACUGCAGGCUGGACAAAACUCUGCUGAGGAGAUUCUGCGGAGCAGCAGGAUAUGGAUGGGAUUAUCCGGACACUGAAUUCAGAGACCUCCCGCUGUGCUUCCCGGAGGUUCUCUGCUCCAGACUAAUGCUUAUGUUGUUAACAGACCACAACUUUAGACUCAGCCCAGCAGGUCUUGUUCGUGUGCGACAGAGCCUGAAAACCCUUCAGCCAAUCGAUGAGCUGAAGAAGGGUCCGUUCACGCUUCAGGUCAAGGUGGAGGGAUACCGGCAGACGGAUGCAGGGGUGGAGGUGGACGUCUGUUUGUCCGCUGCGUCUCGUUCCGGAUGUCCGGUGUGGGAGAGCGUUGUAACGCUGCUGUCACAGAACCGGCGCCACAAGCCMAGCAGAGACCUGCCGAGGAACGAAGAGGAGGAGCCAGACGAUAAGGACAGUAUAAAGCAGGUGGAGGUCAGAGUUCCCAUGAUGACCGGCCUUCAGUGUGUUUGGCCCUUCACUGACUACUCCCCCCAUCGCCUCCUGUCUUUGCCGGCUGUGUUCUGCUGCCUGAAGUCUCGAACAGCGCCGGGCCUCUGGAUGCUGUCCGUCUGCUUGGCCGAAAUAGAAAAGCGCAAAGGUGUUGAAAUCAUCACGGCUCCCGUCUGCGUCACAGCCCAUUUUAAGGAGACUCCGCCAGCAGCAGGAACUGUAACUAUCAGGUUCUGGGACACGAGCAAAAACAUGGGUCAGUCUGCUGAUGAAGGCCUGAGUUUCCAGGUGCAACUGCAGGGACAAAGCUCCUCCCACAUGGUGGGACUGAUUUCGUAGGAUGGAGAACAUCUGUCAACAAAAAAUGUUCACGUACCGGUUUUCUGAUAAUCUUUGACUAGGUCAUUCUAACUCAUAAACAGGAUCUAAAAUGUGUUAAACCAUUGGCUCUAUGUUUCGGGUCAUUAUCAGUCAUCAGCACAUUUUUUUCCUUGUUCUAAAAAAUCUGCUGGGAAAAAUCUGUGUUGAUUUCUUUUGGUUCUUAGCUUACAGGAUAAUUUAUCACCAGAAGAAUCUUCACUUUUUUUCAGUAAUAAUAAAUGUUUUGUCUAGUUUCCCUUCAGCAGGAUCCGGUCAGAUUGAGGUUACGGUUUACGCCGGACGUUUUGUAGACCACACUGAACACUUUGUCGGUGCUGUGUCGACCCGCUGACCGUAUUGGGUCAAAGCAAACAUCACUCCUGCUGUGACUGAACAUUUUUCAAUAUUUCAUCACUCCGGUAUUUCCGUCUGCAGCUUCCAUGUGUGUGAGAGUCUGUCCUCUUGGAUUAUUUAUAUGCUGCCCUUCAGUGUGUGGCACAGAGAGGAGUGGCUCUUCAUGCAUCGCUGCACAGCUGAGAGGUGUUAGUUUUAAAAAAUUCGGUUGUUUUGAAAAGUCUUAAGCUUUUUCAAACAAAUCGGACUAAGAAGGUUUGAUUACAGUUGAAAGGCAAUUUACUAGGCGUUUCUCAUAAUAUACACAUUUUUGUUUUUUGUUGUUUUUUUAGGAUUUGGAUGAAUGGAUUUUUUUUCUAAGAUCAUAAAAUAAUUAUGACCUCCUCUGUCUUCUGGUUGAACAUGGCUUCCAAUGCGUCUGUCAGGAUAGCUAUACAAAGAGUGGGACUCUGUUAAAAUGUAGAUCAAUGUUUAAAUUGGCCCUAAACUGUGUUACAUUUCGUCUGUGUAAAUUCACCGUAAUAAAGCCUGUUGUGCUUGUCACUGCUUUCACAUUUUAUUUCAUGUAGAAGGAGCCCUUACCAAGUGUCGACUGCAUAAAUAUGGAGACACUUUUCAGCAGAUUCUCAUUUUUGUGUAAAAAUGUUUUUUUUAUCUCUAUAAAAUAUUCACAUUUUUCAAGAAAUUUAGUUUUACAUCAAUUCACUGUUUAUUUUACUAAAAUAAACAGUGAAAAUAUGUAAAUCUGUAAUUAAUCUGUAUGAGCUUAACAUACACAUCUGAAUUACUGAAAUAACUAUUAAAUUAACCCUCUUAUUUCUUUAAUGUUUUUAUUUCUUCAAUGAUUUUGAAUUUAUUGAGACUGUGUAAAAGCUAGUUCCGUAUUGUUUUCAUUAAAGCUGCAGUAUGUAACUGUUUUUUUUUUUUUUUAAAUAUGUUUUGACCGUAGAGUAUUAGAUGCGACAGAUACUCUGUGAAAACAAACUGAGCUCCUCUGCCUGUUCCCAGUGCUCCCAGUGCACAAGGCAGAAACAACCAAUCACAGCCAGGAGGAAGGUCCUAGUGCUGUCAAUCAACCUCAUGUAGCCUGGCCUGAAUGUUCAGGUUGGUUAAUGUGACCACCGAUGAUGGGAGCUAAACAGUUUCUCUAGAUCGGUAAAUUGUUUCUCCACCAUUAGCACAUUGUUCAGUACACGAACAUGAUUGACGGCGCUAAGACUCUCCUCUAGCCUCUGAUUGGUUAUUUCUGACCUGGAGCAGUGUAUUUCUUCAGACAGCAUUAGCAACACGAGGAGAUGGAGGAGCUCGAUUUUUUUUUUCAUAGAUUAUCUGUCUGGUAGCAUUCUGUAACAAUAUGGUGACACGUUUAACAAAUAUGGAAAAAAACAUGUAUUUGUUAAAAGUUAUGUAUACUGCAGUUUUAUGCAACUGUUUGAAUUGUAAACACUUGACUAAAUCGACUCAUAUUUAGUCAAUUAAAAAUGACACAUAUUUGUAACCAAUCAUGUUAGUGGUUUUGGUAUAAGGCGUGGUUUGUUCUCAGUGCCACACAGCAGUUGUAGUUUCUAAGCGGAGGCUGGGAGUGUCUUUGUUUCCAGUUUCUGCUCAGAUGAGAAGUCAUUUCCACCGGCUGUAUGGAGGAUCAGAGGGAGGCAAACAGCUCAGACGUCUUCAGGACCGAUCUGUGACUUGGUGAGGAGGAGGCAGCAGUGCCAGCACUUCCUUCUCUGCGCCACCAGGGAGCAGCAGUGCGCAGGUCUACCAUGACUGCCUCUGAGUGGCUUUUAAAAUGUACCCCGGGAAUGGCCACGCUGUGGAAGUCAGCGCUCACAAACGAAGAGACCAACUCAGGAGCCGAGGUGACACAACACACAGGGUACCGUCUGCUCCGGAUCUCAUUCCUAGAACUGAAAAGGAACAAACGUUCAGUGUGAGAGGUGAGACGUUCCACAGAAACUCUACGCCGGUCUUGGAUUCAAGCAGCCACAUCUACUCAGGCCCUGAGGACAACUCCACAGAGCCACACGAGUCGCUCACAGAGUCUUCCACCAUCACCUUUGUAGAUGGCUACACUCUAGAGGAGUCGGUGGAGGACCACAGUCUGCACGAAGCAGGGACGACGUACCUGAAGGAGUUUGUGUUGAUAGACGACGACGAAGACGGGGAUAUGUCGCUGAGGGAGAAAACUGUGACAGACUUCUCCGUCAGGGACGGGAACGCCGCCGACCUGGUGUGCGGGAGGCUCCUGUCCACGUCCACGGGCUCGCUGUCUGAGUCCAAGGACGAGUCUUCAGUCCGUGGCCCCCCACCGUCGGAGGAGGCCGAGGCAGUACACAAAGACAAUCCCUGCUGCUCCUGCACCAUGCUAUGACUGGUCAGGAGCUUCUGAAACCCAAUGACACAGCAUGGCAAAMGUAUUCGUACUUGUUAAACAUUCUGGGAUUUUCUUAGGCUACAGCUAGGGAUGAACAGAUACGAGAACAACCACGUUAUCAUUCUUUGUUAAACCUUUAUAUGCAUGAAAAAACUUUAAGCUCCACUUCCAUUUCUAUUGGUUUCUUGCCUGUCAGGAGAAACGUUUUGUGACAUGAAGCACAUUUGUACUUACUGGUUAAACUGGCACAAUAGGCUGUUUGAGACACUUAAUAUUGACUUCCAAAAAUGUUUGUAUGUACUUUUUCUUUUAAGAAAGAUGUUUAUUUUGAUUUUGUGCACAGAAUCUUAGUUUAGAUGAUCAGUCUUGAAGUAAACAAAUACUUCUUGAAAGUUUGUUAGAAUUUUUUUUAUAGUAAACCAAAUGCAUGUUUUUUUAAGAUCUGUUCAUGGUGAAGGAUUUUAGGAGAACUACACAGAAGUUCAUAAACAAAUGGAUACUAACCUGAAAUAAAUAACUUUUAAGGUC